UUUCCAUCAUUUUGCGUUUUGCAGAGGGUUAUGAACGUCUAGCACGUGCCCGACUUGGCAUACCAGAAGUUGAAGAAGAUAUAUUUGCAGACGCCACAGAGAGUGGCCCGACUACCACGUCCUUACUGGAGAUGGACAGUGGUCCUUCAGCUGCCAAUACCUCUGCGACAACUGCUAUAGCAAAUGAUGAUGAUAAUAACUUUGACAUGUUCGGUGAAAAUGACGACACUGAUGUCAAUCCUGAUUCUGAUGCAAAAACUUUAGAUUCAGGUUCCAAUCCCGAGCCAGUACCACAAGAUGCUUCUGGAACCUCAGGUGCUGAAAAGGUUGGUAAUGGAAGUGCAGACUCAGAUUAUGUCUACGAUCCAUCGUCAGGUUACUAUUACAGCAGCAGCACAGGCUAUUACUAUGAUGCUGCAUCUGGGUGUUAUUGCGCUGCAUCUACAGGAACCUGGUACUCGUACGAUGAACAAUCAGGCACAUACACAGAAAUGCACGGCGAACAAACCGGCAUGCACAAAGAAGUAGAGGGAGAGGGGGUCAAGGAGUAGACGAGGUGUAACAGUUUGCCCCCAAGAUAGGUGGUUUCUACUCCCCAGUGUUUUGUUGAUGCGGUGUAGCUUCAGUAUGCAGUAGAGCUGUAGAGGCCCCCUGGAUCUCAACUAUCAUGUUGACGAGGAAAAGAGCUGGUUACUGAUGAUUGUAGGAUGUUAAUUGAAGUUCAUGCGAUCAUCCACGGAGCGUUUGCCCAGUUAUGAGUUGUCGUUUUUCUCUAACCAUUUGCCGACUGGCCCACCAUGUUCAUGCAGAAAGGAAACCUGUAACAUGUGUUAUGAUACAUCGCCCUUUGUGAAAUUGGAACCUCACUGUAACUUGUUGAACCAUAUACGUAGAAGUAGGAUGAUAGUUGGUCCUGAUUGAAGUUGCUUUGACAGAGAAGGUUUUGUAGCGCUGAAUGUUGCGUACUUGGCAUACCACGAGCACUUAAUUUUCUCUUCGUUGCUCUA